UAAAGAAGAACGGCGCGUGCGUGCGUGCGUGCAGUACGGUGAUGAUGCGCGUGACGGCACGAGCAGGAGAGGAUCGGAAGAGCAGCAGACAGACAGGACCCAAGCCGAGCCCAGGCAGCAGCAGCAGCAGCAGCAGCAGCACCAUCCCAGGUAGCUCAGUGCGGGUUGAAGGCCGACUCUCCGCUCCUCUCUCCAGGCUCCCUCUGAUGCUCCGGUUCGGCGGCAGCAUGCGCGGCUGGUUCCCCGCCCUGCUCUCGGUUCUUCUCUCCGGGCUCGCUGCCGCGACGUCCUCGGAUCUGUUUGACAACCAGCUGGGUGACAUCAAUUACUGCAAAAAGCAAUGCCAGCUUACCAUCAAAAACAAAAGCCCCGCUAAAGACUCCAUAAUGAACGCCUGUCACCGCGGCUGCCGCCUCUAUUCCAUCUGCCAGUUUGUCAAUGGGGACGCCGGCUUUAAUACCAGCAAGGAGGAGUGUCAGGGAGCCUGCCAGGAGGCAUACAUCAAGCUGCUGGAACAGGAGGCCUGCAGCACCGGCUGUGCCAGCCAACCCUCUGAACCUGAGAUCAUGAGGAGGAAGCUGAGGGCCAUGACCUUGCGCCCGAAGCCCCCCUCUGUGAUGGAGGCCGUGUCCAGCUGGUGCAAUGACAUCGUCAGCUCGGCCCAGAGCUUCAUCUCCUCCACCUGGACCUUCUACCUCCAGGCCGACGACGGCAAGGUUGUGGUUUUCCAGAGCCAGCCAGAGAUGGAGUACUCCAUGCCUGAGCUGCAGGCUCCUCGAUCCAGCGUGGCUGACAAACCCUGGCCUCAGGUCCACUCCCACACCCAGAGACCUCAUGGCGUUAAGGGGCGAGGAGAAAAGGGAGCAGGCAAGUCCGCGAUCAAAGGGAAGCAUCCCAUCCAGCAUGCAGAUGACGCUGCAGCUGACCACGACUUCCUGGCCUGCAUGUCAAGACGCUCAGGUCUUCCGCGGUGGAUUUUAGCUGCUUGUCUCUUCCUGUCCAUCAUGGUCAUGUUGUGGCUGAGCUGCGCCAGCCUCGUCACCGCACCAGAGCAGCACAUCAAGACGCAGCUGAGCAUCAAUGGAGAUAAGGAGUUCAUGGAACAUGUGCACAAGGUCAACCCUUUCCAUCUGAGCUCCAUGAUCGCCGUCAGUGUGAAGCAGUCGGAGGAGACCCAGGAGGCAGGACCACUUCCGGUCAAAGUUGAUCUCAACAAAACCUGCAUUUAGAGAGAAAGUUGCUGUUUCUUGUUACUUUUGGUAACCACGUGUAAAACAUGUGGCCUGUCAUCAACGCGCCACUCAGCAGAGUUUUUAAAAUACGUUUCAUAAAAAGCACGGCUCCAUGUCCUGUUUAUUCAGAAUGAUCAAUAACAUCUCAUGUCAGCAAGAUGUUUUUUUCUUCUUCAGUUUUUCAUCGUAAAGUCCACUUUUCUCCAAGUUCAUCCUCAGAUUAUCAUUAAAGAUCCGCUUCGCUCACCGCGGAGAGACGCUGCCUCGUCUCACAUCCACACAAGACGAGCAGAGAGGAUAGAUUACAGCUGAGAGCGCCGCUGUCAUUUCUAAUGUUGAGUUUGGACAAACGCAGAGAUUCGUGUUAGAUUUAAUUUAUCUCAUUUUCGCAGAGUUGGGAUUAAUUAAAAUGGCUCACUCAGACUGGAGAGAUGAAAAGCGGUGGGAGAGAGGAAGAUGAAUGAAAGGUGAGCAAAGUACUUGACAGCACCGCAGGAAACAAACACAGUAACAAAUACGCAGUUUAUGAUCUGUUUACAUAAUCAGCUUUAUGAGCUCUUCAGAAAUAUCGCCGUUGCAAACGGUUCUGAAAUUGAAAAUCCUCUUCUUGACAUCGUUCUCAGGUGAGUAAUCCUCACCAGGGAGACAAAAACUAAAUUAGCGUCUUUCUGUAAUCUAAUUCCUGUGUUUGUGUGUGUGUUUGGAUAAAUCUGCAACAGCACUCAUUCAUCUGCGGAGAACAAAUUCAAAUGACAGCAUCUGGGCGUGCUGACUGGAAACGAUAAAAGCUGAAGUUGUUAUUUAUUUUCUUCCCUAUUUAUUCUGAAUCAUCCACAUAAGUAAUCUGCCGAAGUGUUACUGAAGUGCCAUGGACAUUUAAUGCAUCACACAAGUGUAAAUGCUCUUUGUGUAUGACCAUUACAGCACAGACCUUACAGAGAAACACCCAGGACAAGAUGGCACCAGAUACUGUAUUAAUAUAGCUAUGACUAUUAUGAUUACUAUGGCUCUUAUAUCACUUCAAGACUUUGUAGCUGUUACCUGUGCCAUGUGCUUUCCAAUAGCUGACUAUUUUGUAUGUCCUAGGAGCACAUAUUGAAGGAUAACCCCUGUAAUAAUGUGUAAUGCAAAGCUUUGAACAUAGACCUUUGUUAUUGAACAGAAUUGCACAGUCUUAGAGAAGAUAUUUUGUUUUCCUCUCCGUGCUUUUGGUGUCCUGUAAUGUUCUCUUUUAACCCCCGCUAUGUUGACAAUUAAUCGUGCAUGCAAGUGAUAAAUCCUUUUUCUUUGUUUGUUUUUUAGAUGAUAGUAUGUUCUAAGCACUCGCCAUGCCAGUAACGACACUUCUCUAUUGUGGACUUGUGAUUUUUUUUUUUUUUCUGUUUUAUGCGUUCAUAUUUACAGUUAACCUAAAACAUAUAAUAAUGAUUUAUAGCUAGGACUCUUGUUUAAAUAAGCCAUCUGAUCAGUAUAUGUGCAGCUUCAAACUCAAAGUUACAGGAUAUGAAUUUCAAACUGUUUUUGUUUCUUUUUACUGUUUAUUUCCAAUGAAACGAUACAACAUGAUGAAAUAAAGUGUUUUCACUGUAACUCAAUAAAAUAUGCAAGCGGAGGUUUUUGUUUUUGUUAGAAGAAUAUUUAAUAAAUGGAUGAUUGACAUUACA